CUGUCUAUGAGAGAAAGCGAGUUAUGUGUGCCGUUUUCUCUGCAGUCUGGAUAAGGCACUGGCUAAAAUAUGGAUCAUUAUAUAAUUUUCCUGCGAUUCUCCUAAGAGGCUGAGGAAAUUAGGAUAUAUUAAUCUGUCUGUCUCCUUUCAGUCCGAAUCAAUUUAGCGCAAAAUGGAUGCAGUGAGUUUCGCCGUGUCGAUCUUCUGGUUUGUGCUCAUCGGGGGGAACAGCAUGAGCAGGGCCAUGCUGAGUGAUAUUGGUGACUAUGUUGGCACAGACAUUGAAAUAUCCUGGUUGCCUAAUCUGGAUGAUUUAAUGAAAGGUUAUGCUCGAAACUUUCGCCCAGGGAUUGGAGGACCUCCUGUGAAUGUCGCCAUGGCCAUUGAAGUAGCCAGUAUUGACCACAUCUCAGAAGCCAACAUGGAAUACACCAUGACAGUAUUUCUGCGGCAGAGUUGGAGAGAUGACCGUCUGUCGUACAACCACACAAACAAAACUCUUGGCCUGGACAGCCGCUUUGUGGACAAACUCUGGUUACCAGACACAUUCAUAGUUAAUGCCAAAUCAGCCUGGUUUCACGAUGUCACUGUGGAGAACAAACUCAUACGCCUGCAGCCUGAUGGAGUCAUUCUCUACAGCAGUCGAAUUACAUCUACAGCUGCAUGUGAUAUGGACCUCACAAAAUACCCCAUGGAUGAACAGGAAUGCAUGCUAGACUUGGAAAGCUAUGGCUACUCUUCAGAAGAUAUUGUGUAUCACUGGUCAGAAAGUCAGAAACACAUUCAUGGGCUGGACAAAUUAGAGCUGUCCCAGUUCACCAUCACAGAUUAUAGCUUUGUCACAGAGAUGAUGAACUUUAAAUCUGCAGGGAGAUUUCCACGUCUCAGCUUACGGUUUCAACUAAGGCGUAACCGAGGAGUUUACAUCAUCCAGUCCUACAUGCCCUCAAUCCUACUGGUUGCCAUGUCAUGGGUUUCAUUCUGGAUCAGCCAAUCAGCUGUGCCAGCAAGAGUGUCUUUAGGAAUCACAACGGUGCUCACCAUGACAACACUGAUGGUCAGUGCUCGUUCAUCAUUGCCCCGUGCUUCUGCCAUCAAAGCUCUGGACGUGUAUUUCUGGAUCUGCUACGUCUUUGUGUUCGCUGCCUUGAUCGAAUACGCUUUUGCUCACUAUAAUGCAGACUACAGCAAGAAGGAGAAAGCCAAAGUCAAGACGAAUAAGAGUGCAGAGUCCAUGGUGAAGAAUGGAAAGCAGGCCAUGGUUCUGUUUUCGCUCUCUGUGGCUGGCAUGAACCAGGGCCUCCUCGUCUCAAACAGGCAAAACAGGGCCCAGCGGGCCACUGACCCUCCUGGAGAUCCACAUGAAGAGACAGAGGUUCGUGGCACUCAGUCCCGUCGGGCACAGAAGGAAAGCAGUGAAGAGAAGAAAUGCUGCAAGUGUAAACCUAUCGAUGCCGACACCAUUGAUAUCUACGCUCGUGCUGUCUUCCCUUUCACCUUUGCUGUGGUAAAUGUCAUCUACUGGGUGGCAUACACAAUGUAAAUGAUUUAUAAAAUGUUGAGCUCUGCAUGUAUAUACAGUAAAUCAAUAAAUGAUGUGACAACAGAACUAUACUAUUAUUAGAAUAUGAGAAUAUCUGGAUUAUUAACGCUUAUAAAUAUAAUAAUGUAGGGUAGUCUUUUAGAAUAUGUUAAAUGCUUUAUGUUGAAUUGAGUUUUUUUGGAAGAAGAGGGGUCCUGUUGCAUUUUAGGAGACUGAUACAUACCUCUGCAUCUUUACAAAUAGUCCUUGAUGCUUUACAAUGACAUUUCCUUGUUGCUUUUUUGCUCUUUCAUAAUAUUUGCACCAGAAUAGCCUUCUAAGUACUGGUACGAAUGAACUAAAGCAGAAAUGUAUUCUGCUUUAUGAAUGAACCUUUUUUUUUCAUUCAUUUUUUCUCCAUCUUUAAAUAUUUCCUCACAGAAGAGUUCAGCAUUUUGGUUGCAUUGGCAGACAUUACUGUUAAAAUGGACUCUGACUUGUGGCAAUAUCUGUGUGUUUCUUGCAACUUAAUGUUGUUCUCAAAUAAAAUUCAAAGCCAUCUGAAUUAUUAACAUACAAAUUAGAUAUUUUUCUGUAUGCAUUCGCUUACAUAUAUAGUGUUUAUCUUAAUGUUAUUAUUCCCCCAGCAAUGGGGUUUAAAUAUGAUUGUGUUGUGGAAAAAUGUUACAUAUGAGCCAUGGGAACCCUGCCCACAAGUAAUGAUGGUAGUGAUGCUAUUCUGAGCAAUUUAUCCCUUUCAGUAUCUUUUAUUUCGCCUUUUCUUUUGUCAGAGGCAGCUCUAAUUCUGCUUUUGUUCUGAAGUGCCACAUUUGUGCCGCAACAACAUUUGCGAUUGUCAUGACAAUCAGCACACAUUGUUUUUGUGCAUGAAAAUGAACAUGUGAUUUAUUAUUUCCUGCUUUUUUCUCUUUUUUUGGUAAAUAUAUUAAUGCCACCUUUGUGUGGUAAGUCUGUGAGGGGCCCUUGGCACCAGGAUAAUGACAUGACAUAGUGACAAAGUUGAUAAAUAAAACUGUUCUUG